AUGUCCACCCGUCUGCGUGUUCGACUCUCCCGUCCAGACAGCUCCGUGCCCUGGGGCUUCCGUUUGGAGGGCGGCAUUGACCUGGGACACGCGUUGAACAUUCAGAAGGUCACGCCUGGUAGUGUAGCAGAGGCAUGCGGACUUAAACCAGGCGACAUAAUUGUGUGCAUCAACGCAGCUGAAACGCGGUUCAUGAAACACGAGGACGCCAAAAUGGAGAUCGUGCGCUCCAGCAACGCGUUUGACCUCAUAGUUGAACGCCGAGACUAUGACAACACCGUCGCAGCUGGAGUCCCAAUACCGCUGGAACCGGUCAGCGUCACAUCGACCAUGAGAAUGACGCCCGACGGUGUCGCAGACAUCUCCGACAAGGUGCCGCGAGCAGGUGAGGCGAUGGUUUCGCAAGGUGCAGGCGGACGUCUACAGCGUCUCACGCAUUCAUCAUACAACUCCCCCAUGGGCCUGUACUCCAAGGACAACGUCAACACCUCCUUCCGCAGCACCGUCGUCUCGGCCAGAGCUGACCUCGCAAAUGUUCGACCAGCGCCUCAGGUGUCAGGGGGGAGCAUGCGAUGUGGCGCUUGUCAGGAGCUCAUAACUGGCGGCAAGUUCGUCAGGGUGCAAGGCCAGAUCCCCAUGCACCCCUCCUGUCUCAAAUGCUGCAAAUGUGGCAUAGGGCUGAGGAAUGUCGGCUACUUCUACAUCAACUCAAUGCUCUACUGCGAAACCCAUGCCAAACAGGCAGCUCGACCCCCUGAACCUAGUUUGAAGCCUGUGGUGAUUUACAAGUAA